AUGAUAAAAGUGCUUCUCCAUGCAUCGGAUCCAAGCCAAACGACGGCAAUCGACAUGAUGGACAUGGUCAACCAGGGCCCCAGACCUCCAGCAACAUUGACAGCGGCAGACAACACGCCCCACCAGGUGGCCAGUUCAUUGGGAGCAACCGACUACAAGAGAAAUUGGAGCGAGUCCAAGAGUAAAACGUCGAAGCGCGACUUCCUGGUAACAUCAUCCAUCGCUGGGACAAUUAAUACCCCAGGAGGAAAACGAAAGCGCAAGGAAGAUUGA